AUGCCUCCUCCGACCUCUCCCAACCGGACCCCGCUCCCUCCCUCCAGCAAUAUUCUGCCUGGUUAUGGCAGAGAGUCCUCUUUUAUCUCCAGAGAUAUAUUGAACAGAAUGAAUGAACUCCUGGCCAAUAUCUUGAGUCAAUACACGGAAGCCAGCGACGACACCAACGACUAUUUGGCGUGGCACCCUUCACGGGACGAAGCUCCACAUCUUACCAGCUUGCCAGCUCAGAUCCGCAACUUAGCGCCUCCCAUUCGAUUCUUUUCCAUUCCCGACUUGGACUUGGACAUGGAUUUAAACACAGACAACCCCCAGCGGGCCGUCGCAGGUACAUCUACUACGACAUUUGCAGCUGAUCUGGACGAUUCGAGCGGUCUGACUAUGACCUCUGAACUGGAUGUCGACUUCGAGCACAACGAACUGAACUCCGACAAUAGCAGCGAAGGCAACAUGGACGAUGACGACGAUGACGACCUUGAGGUCGAGGGCGAUGACGACUCGGACCUGCCUCAAAGAGGAACGUUCCACCGAAUUCCGGACCAGCGUCUAUUGCUCUCUUCGGCGAGACAGAAUCUCACCAACAGAAAUACCCUAAUCAACUUGGGCCAGGCAACGUCGUCUCGAUCGCGGCCAAUUGGAGCCGUUGAUUUGGAUCGCCUGAAUGCCAUCCGUAUGACAUGCAGACAUCCACCCAACCCGAACUUGGAGAAUGUUGCUCGGGACUACCACGCCGACUUUGAGGCAGCAAUCAAUUCCAUCAAGGGUCUUGACUCGUUUGUGGGGAAAUCGCCUCUUUUUGCCCACCACCCACACUCAGAGGGCCGUCAGGGCUUGCGUAAGUGGAGCAAUCUGCGUCGUCUGAUUCGUAAGGCAAGUUUCGAGCUGAACAUGGACCGUCUCUUGAACCAUCGCCGCAAGGGCUCCCUCUGGUCUCAAGACUCAAACCACAUGUGCGAAGCUGGCACGAAUGAGGCAUUUCUCAACAUUCGAGAGUCCAAACGAAAACAUUUGGGCACAUCAGGUAAUCAGAAACGUCGUAAAGUUGCGAACAAAACGAAUCCACAGUGCCGGCCACGCUUUAAGAGCCGCUCCAUAGAAGGCGGUGAAGCUAUUGACUACAACCACUUGUCACAGGAAGACAAGUAUAAGAUUUUGGAUGCUUUACCAUGUUCGUACUUGCAGAGCGGUUCCACAUUUGCUUUGGAUCUCUUGGUUCGUGGAAAUGACAGCAUUGAUUUGUCAUUUGCCAGCGUAGAUCUCAGAGAGAAGACUUUACAUGGCCACUUCAAUGUUAAGGCCUGUGGUGAACGAUCUGGUCACAUUCACCUUAUCAUUGGGUUUCUUUCAUUUUUAUGUGGAGGCAUUCGCUCCAAGUAUACCAUAAAUUGCACAAACAAGGUAAUCCAGACCAAAUCUGCAUUGCUUGAUCACACAUUUAUGGAGGCCAUUGUUGAGCGUGGACUUUCUAGUCCGCAGGUGAUCGAAUGCCUUACUGGAGCGUUCCAGAUACCUUUUAGCGGGGAGAUUGUGGAUUUCAAUAAGAAUGACUUGCGUUUUUUGCAGGAGACCCGACCCAUAUCCUCCAAGACAAGUUUCAGCCGUUCUAUGCAUGUGUCUCGGAUGAGAAAUGAACAAAUCAAGAUGCAACUAGGGGAAUGGUUGCGAGUCCGGCCAUUCCACAAUUUUUCCGAGGCGUUCUUCUUGAAUUACUUGUUCUUCGUGGAAAAGUACUUGCGUAACUUCAAGGAAAGUUCUACUGUCGAACAGGAACUCGUAAUUGAGUUUGCUAAGAACAUGAAAGAUCUGAUCCACGAUAUCACACGAGACUUUGAUUUCGUAAAAGAAGCAAAAAUACCAAUGGUUGAAGAGAAGAGCAUCCAAAAUCAGAAAGACAUCUGGGAGAGAAGACGCCACGAGCCUCGUUCGAAUCUCCAGAAAUCCUCCUUUCUCAAAGAAUGGGAGUCCAAACUCUGUGAGAAACUCUCGGACUAUAUUACCUGCGAAGACAGUUGUCUUUGUAACAUUCAAUUGAACUAUGUGCUAUUUACAGUGAAAGUUGAUAUCUCCGCUGCCCUUGAUCAAACCUUUGAAAAGUUUAUCAAGCUUGUUACCAAGGAGUCCGAGCGAAAGAUGCUUCAGAAAAAGUACAAGGCCAUCUCCAAAGAGCAGCUACUGCCUGAGGCAAGAGAGUGUGUUUUUUUGUGUUCACUUAACCGGAAGACUGGCCAUUUAGAAAUGCAGAAUACCCGGCUGAACUUAGACUACAAGUACGCUGGAUCUUGCGAUGCCAGAGGUUCUCUCCAGCGUGAGUCCUUCAGCGCCUCAUCCGGAGGAUUCACAGAGAGCGAUGACGAAGAUUUCUUGAGACCUAUGGGCCGGUAUUCUGUGUUUUCGACCCACUGGAAGUACUUGGAAGAUCCCCACCUUAUGGAUAAUCCCACCGUGACCAUGGGCAAAUGGAAACGAGGCUCUUCAGGUUUUUCAUCUGGUGGAGGAAUAGGCCAAGCGGACUUUGCCUAG